AAAAGCAUUUUAUUCUUUGUUGGUGGAAAUGGGUUUAGAGGGCAAGCACACCUGUAAUCCAGCACUUGGAAGAUGAGGCAGGAGGUAGUCUUGUAUCCAUAGUGAGUCUGAGGCCAGUCUUGGAAACAUAAAAUGUUGCCUGAAAACAGCCCCGCCCCACCAUACCCCAAACCAAAAAAUAACUGAAAAGAGAAAAGUUCAUAAAUUGCAAAAAACAUUCCAGCUUACAAACUGCAACUUUUCUGAAUGUAGGAAGCCUAUCUUUUUUCAAGAUUAUUUUUUUUUCUUUUCUUUUUUUUUCGGAGCUGGGGACCGAACCCAGGACCUUGCGCUUGCUAGGCAAGCACUCUACCGCUAAAUCCCCAACCUCAAGAUUAUUUUUAAUAACUCAUUUACUCAUUUUUAUUUCAUGUGCAUUGGUAUUUUGCCUGCAUAUAUGUCUGUGAGGGUGUUGGAUCCCCUCGAAAUGGAGUUAGUUUUGAACUGCCAUGUGGGUUCUGGGAAUUGAACCCAAGUCCUCUGGAAGAGCAGCUGACCCAUCUCUGAUAAUCUUAACACUACCCAGAGGUAUAAUAGACAAAAUGGGCCUUUACCCCAACUGUAAUUUCUUUAGUUAAAAUUGUGGUGUGUGUGUAGUCCAAGUGUGUGUAGGUGCCUCCUGAUGCCAGAGGUGUCAUAUCUCCUGAAGCUGCAGUUAUAGCUAACAAUUGGGUGCUGAGAACUCAACAUGGUGGCCCGUAACAGUAGCCAGGGCUCUUCUCUAGAACUCUAAACAUUUUUAAAUAAAAAUUAACUUAUUACAAAAAGUUAUUUCAAACUUGCAUGGUUCUAAAAAAGUAAAACAUGCCAUUCACAGACUCUUUCGUGCGUUUUUCAUUCUUCCAGAGUUCUGAGAUCCAGCGCCCUCUUCUGGCUUUCUAUGGCACAAGACACCGGUAAACAUGCAAGUAAAACACUCAUACAUGUAAAAACAAGAGAGCAAGAGCAAGAGAGAUCGAUAAUCUGCGGUUCUGCGGAGGCCUAAUGAUCUCAGUGUCAUUUCUGAAUUACACAAGGUGGCAUGAGAGAUUCUCAGAAUUGUCCUCUGACCUUCACAUUUAACAGUGGUAUGUGUGCGCCUACACAAAUACACGAAAUAAAAACGUAUACAAAAUAAUUUUAGUACUCAAUAGGGAUAACUGCUCGGUUUACAUUCUAUUACUUUCCAUCAUACACACUAGAUAAUCAUUAGUUUUUGAUUUUCAGUUAGCCUUUCAGGAAUCUGAUUAUAUGGACUCUCAAUUUCUUCUGUGCUCGGUAUACCAUCGGCUCUCAAUGUUUUAUUCAAAGAUUUCUUUACCUUUUCUCUCUUCUUUUGGAGCCACGUUCUCAUUGAGCUGGUCAGGCUCUUUGGAACUUUUAAAUCCCCUGCCUCAGUAAUCGAGCCUUAUGAUUAACUGGCCGGUUGCACCAUGCUCAGUCUGAAACCAAUUCUGUGCUUGGGAAGAUUUAAAUUGCAAAUGGACUCAGCUCUAACAGGAUCAUGACAACCCACCGACUCAAGGAGAAACAAUAUUGACAAGAGCACUCUACACUUCUACAUAUACCUUUCUGCCUCACACGCUAUUGUCCGGCCAUUACCCCACUCCCUCUUUUUCUACAGAUAGUGGCCCUACACGAUUCUAUCUUGGGAUUUUCCUUUGUUUCCGUUUUCUUUCUUUUUUUUUUUUUUUUCCUUUUUUUUUUUUUUUCCGGAGCUGGGGACCGAACCCAGGGUCUUGCGCUUGCUAGGCAAGCGCUCUACCACUGAGCUAAAUCCCCAACCCUGUUUCCGUUUUCUAAGAACACAACUUUUACAAAAUCAACUCUCAUUUAUGCUUCACUUAGGGAAGUCUUAUAUUUUUGGUUGUGAGCCUAGCCUUUAACGGCUGAGCCAUCUCUCCAGCCCACUUAGGUAAGUCUUAUGGAAAGCUCCCCAGACCCUGUCGCUGGCAUAAUCACAUGCUAUCCUACUACGCUUAUUAUUUCUCAUCUAUAAUUAAUUUUGUCACGCCCUUACCCGUCUUCUUUGGUGGAGUGUUAACUCUGGGAACGCAGUGACUGCUUUUCCUAAUUCAGUUACACAGCAUGUUCUCAAUCAACAUUUGUUAUAGAAUAAUGAGAACAGCUUGGAAUUUCAGUCAAAAGCUCCAUCUAGACCAGUGUUUCUCAACCUAUGGGUUGCGACCCUUAAAAGGUCAAACCACCGGUUGGACAAGGAUCAUAGGAAAACAGAUAUUUACAUUACGAUUCAUAACAGUAGCAAAAUUACAGCUAUGAAGUAGCAACAAAGAUAAUUUUAUGGUUGGUGGGUCACCACACAUGAGGAACUGUCUUAAAGGGUUCCAGCAUCAAGAAGGUUAAGAACCAUGUAGAUUCUAGAUGAAGUCCACAGUCGUGUGUGAAAAUCCACUUGAAAGACUCGAGUUUUAAGUGUACAGGAUCACCGCCCACAUCGCGAGGAAGGGAAGGGUAACCGUCUCUUUCACAGGUCCGAGGACAACAGGGGUUUCCGCUAGAAAAGUGAGCUAGGAAGAGAACCUCGGGGACACCCCGCGAAUCUCCAAAAGCACCGGCACCAGGAUGGGUCUGGCCUUGGGGAGCGCUCGGUACUGGCUCCGGCUCCAGCGCGCCAAGCCGUUAGCACCGCCCCUUCCCGCCGGCUCCACCCACCGCCGCCUAGUCACUAACCCUGGCUGCCGGGUGCGCGGCGCGUUCUUAAACCCCGCCUCCCGGGCUAGGGCGCGCUCUCCGCGUCGCCCGGCCCUAGGCGGUUCCGUUAGCGGCGGGAGGGAAAACCGCCCCCGGCGUCCCCGCCUCUGCUGCUAACGCUUUCCUCCCUACUCCCCCUGCGACCACCCCGCAGCUCGCUACGGAGGCCCCCGAAGUACAAACGUCCCUCACGCUCCGAGCCCCCUCGGAGGCUGCGUCCAGUCUGACUCCUCGGGCCCUAAAGCCCUGUGCUCAUUUUUCUUUGUUUUUUGUUUCUUGUUUUUCUUUUAGUCAGGAAUUCGCACUGGUGAGUUCCCUAAGGCGGCAGAAACUUUUGCCUCUUCACGGAAGUAAAAGUUGGUUCUCUUUUACCCGCUGCCGCCCAGGCCUCCCGCAUUCCUUCCCUCCCGCCUCUCCGGAUAGUGGCGGGCGGGGGAGGAGGAAGCCAGAGCGCCUGCGCGGGGAGGCCGCUUUCCAUCCGGGUCCCUGUCCGUGCGGUGCAGCAGGUCGGUAGGCGGGAAAUGGCGACUGGCUGAAGGAGCUGGUUCUGUUGCUGCUGAGGGAUAAGCGGGAAAGACACCACCUAUUGCGCAGUUGGGACCAUCGCCGGAGCCCGAGGACACUUUUCUGUCGUCACAGUGAAGGUUUACAUGUGGCACCCAUAAAAGAUGAAGCUGAGAACACGGAAGGCUUCUCAGCAGUCCAGUCCAAUCCAAACACAGCGCACUGCCAGAGCAAAAAGGAAAUACUCAGAGGUUGAUGAUAGCUUGCCUUCAGGAGGAGAAAAACCAUCCAAGAAUGAAACCGGCUUAUUGUCUUCAAUUAAAAAGUUCAUUAAAGGAAGCACGCCCAAGGAAGAGAGAGAAAAUCCUUCAAAACGGAGUAGAAUUGAACGAGAUAUAGAUAAUAAUUUAAUCACAUCAACACCAAGAACUGGAGAAAAGCCUGACAAACAGUUGUCUCGAGUAAGACGGAAAAGUCCAGUCAAUGGAGAAGCUGGUAGUUAUGAAAUGACAAAUCAACAUAUAAAACAAAAUGGAAAAUUAGAAGAUAAUCCUUGUUCAGGUAGUCCUCCAAGGACUACAUUGUUGGGGACCAUAUUUUCGCCAGUCUUCAACUUUUUUUCACCAGCAAAUAAAAAUGGAACGUCAGGUUCAGAUUCCCCAGGACAGGCUGUGGAAGCUGAGGAGAUAGUGAAACAACUUGACAUGGAACAGGUGGAUGAAAUCACUACCAGUACUACGUCAGCUAAUGGAGCGGCCUACUCAAAUCAAGCAGUUCAAGUGAGGCCAUCACUCAAUAAUGGUUUGGAAGAAGCAGAAGAAACAGUUACUCGGGAUAUCCCACCCCUUACAGCACCAGUAGCUCCCGAGAGUGGUUACUCAUCAGCUCAUGCAGAGGCCACCUAUGAGGAAGACUGGGAAGUAUUUGACCCCUAUUAUUUCAUCAAACAUGUUCCGCCUCUGACAGAAGAACAACUAAAUAGGAAACCUGCUCUUCCUCUGAAAACGAGAAGCACACCGGAGUUCUCCCUGGUCUUAGAUCUGGAUGAAACGCUAGUGCACUGCAGUCUGAAUGAGCUGGAAGAUGCAGCACUAACUUUUCCAGUCCUUUUCCAAGAUGUCAUUUAUCAGUUUCUGUUCCUGCAGAUCCACCAAUUCAAGACUCUAGGUCAUCUCACUCCCUCUUCCAUCCAGAAGAUGACUGCUAUCCACAAGCAGAACUGAAUCAAAAGACAUUUUUCACUUAGCUCUUGAGCUGAAACACCUCCUCAAUGACCUUCCUCUGUCUCCAUCAAGAACUGGAGCUCAGUUUUUUGAAGAUGUAAUAGAGCUACUCAGCCCAAAUGUGGCUGAUUGAAGACAAAGAAGAUACCUCAUAUGUCUCACCACAGUGCAUCAAACGCAACUGUGUUGUCCAUCUCCUCAUUCUGUACAGUAAGGCAGGGGCAUCUGAUUUUUUGACUGUAUUCACCAUUCAGACUUUAGCCAGUGAGUGGCUUUCUGAGGAUCAGUAAAAUCAACAAACUUUGGGUCAGCUGUCCAGAAAUCAGACUAUGGUAAGCACUCAAGGAGCUAGGAUGCUGUAGGGAGCUUCUUGUAAAGGAUGCUUUCUUUCAUUGGUAGAAGUUGCUUUUAUGGGGAAAGUUGGGGGGAAGAGGCCAAUAGAGAACCCAAUGGUUAGCAAAAUUCAGCCUCUUCUUACUUUGUUUUCUUGGACAUCAUAUAGCUCAGGAUAUUUUUCACACCACAAAGAGAGAAUUAGAAGUUAUGGCUUCUAACUCUUCCUAGAAAAACCAGCUUUACUUUUGUUACAUGAAGAGAAAAAUAUAUAUAAGUGAAAAAUUCUGUUGUAAAUACCAGACUACAUUUUUUCUUUUAUAAAAUUUAUAAAUUCUGACUUCAUAAUUAAAGAGUUAUUUUGUUGCUGAGUUUUAUAAACUUAAUUUUGUUGUAUAUAAGUGUGUAUAUUUGUACAUAAUUAUGCCUGUAUAUAAUAUUUGAGGUUAUUAAUAUUUAAUAUUGAUGUCACUUUUAACUAGGAGAGAAUAGUAUGUGAAUAGUAAUUUACUUUACAAAGUGUUAAAAACAAUAUCAGAAUAAUUUUAAACUUUCCCAUCCUUCUCAUUAAGUAAUCAUUGGCACUAUGUUUUCAUUAUAAUUAUUAGUAAUAUUUAAAUUUAAAAUGAUAGAAAUUAAACUUACAAUUUUCUCCUUAUCAAAAAUUAGAAAAUAUAUUUCAUUGGUAAUUCUUGAAGUAUCUCUUUCAAAUUAGGAAUGAUUCAUUGAAAAAAACUCAGAUUGUAUAGCCAGACAGGUGAAAGGUACAGGCCUGUUGUUGAAGCCUAGAAGGCUGAGCAGGGAGAAUGUGGAAUCAAGGUUUGCUUGGGCUAUAGAAUAGUGGGGAGGAGCAGAUGGACUGUACAUAGAACGUUCUUACUUAGCAGCUGACAGUUGAUUACAGUGUCCACUAAGUUGAAGCGUCCACUAUCUUUAGAUUUUUUUUUUUUAAGAUUUAUUCAUUUAUUAUAUAUAAGUACACUGUAACUGUCUUCCGAUACACCAGAAGAGGGCAUCGGAUCUCUUUACAGAUGGUUGUGAGCCACCAUGUGGUUGCUGGGAAUUGAACUCAUGACCUCUGGAAGAGCAGUCGGGUGCUCUUAACUGCUGAGCCAUCUCUCCAGCCCUCUUUAGAGUUUUUAAAAGUGAUUUUAUUUAACUUUAUGUAUUUUUGAGAUAAGGUCUCACUGUGGAGCCCAAGCUGGCCUAGAACUCAUAAUCCCUCAGUUUGAUUGCUAGAAUGAUUUGUUAUUGUUGAUGUUAUUACUACUACAGCUGCUGCUAUUGGAGACAGUCUCACUGUAAAACCCUGACUGGUCUAGAAUGUGCCCUUGUAGAUCAGGGUGGUCUUAAUAGCACAAAUAUCCACCUGUCUCUGCCUCUGGAAUGCUGGGAUUAAAGGCUUGAGCCACCAUUCUGGUAUAUACUAGAGUGUUUUUUUAAAGGCAACAUUUUUUAACAUGGCUACUUACUUUCUUUUUGCUCUUAAAAUAAUUGCAGUUUCUCUUAAUAUGUCAUUAAAAGUUUUAUUUAUGUAUUAUAUACUUAAAUUUAUGUACAAAUAAAUGGCCAUUUUUCCAUAAUAAACAUUUAUGUUUCAUUGACAAUUUAAUCAUGUACACGAAUACAUUAAACUUCAAUUUAUCCUAUUUGAAUCCCUUUUCAGAUUGAAUUCUAUUUCCAUAGUUAAGGAGAAACUGAUUGAUGUUUCAACCCUUCCCUGUACAUCCCUAUAUUUAUUCCUUCUACAAAUACUUUGUCUGCAUGCAUCUCACUAGAACUGGGUGAAGCAAAUGAUGAUGUGGGUUUUGAAGUUGAGCCCUCCAUGGCUCCUACUAGAGUAGUCUUCUAUCCUGGGAGAAGAUUUGGCCUUUGUUUCUGUGUUUGAUACUAAUGCUAAGAAAACAUUAGUGGAAUCAAUAGUAUUUCUCUUUUAAGAGACUGGGUUCUCUUAAAAGAACUGUAUGUUCUCUUUAGAAUUUUGGUUGUUCAUUUCUGCCCCAUUUAAUAAUAUUGGCUACUGGUGACUGGUUACUUUUAAAUAAAGAGGUAGGUAAUAAUAGUUAACAGCUUUUAUCACUUCAAAUGUGUGGCCACAAUUCCAAAUGCUUUAUGUGUAUUAUCUAACCUUUAUAACAUUGGGAUCCAUUUAUAGAUGAGGAAACUAUGUAUCUGUUCAUUGUAGAACCUUUUCCCCAGAUAAUGACAGCAUUUAAUUCUUCAAAAACUUCAGCGUCAUUUGUUUUCUGCUACCCAAGUGCAGAGAUCGCAUGUGUAGAGAUGACAUGGACAACUAUACUUGUCUCCAGUUAUUAAAUAAGAAGUAUUCGCUAAUUAUCUCUUAUUUUUGAUACAUUAAGUCAUAAUGUAGCUUAGACUGAUAUUAAACUCAACGAAAUCCUGUGCUUCCACCUCUAGAGUAGUGGGGUUAAAGGCCUGUGUCUCCAGUGAGUUCUAAUGUAUGUUUCUUUCGGUGCUGUUAACGGACCCCAGGGCCUGUGUAAGCGGAGCACACAUGUAAACCUAGACCAAAUAAUCCCACCUUAUAAAGUUACUAUUUAUAAAAAUUAAAAUUAUAUAUCAAUAAGUUUAAAGGGUAUUCUUAAAAAUAUACUGAAGACUUUUUUUUUUUUUUUUUUUUUUUUUUGAGACUGGGUUUCUCUGUGUAGCCCUGGACAUCCUAGAACUUGCUCUGUAAACCAGGUUGACCUCAAAUUCAGAGAUGAGCCUGCCUCUGCCUCCCAAGUGUAAUUAAAGGUGUGUGCCACCAUGGCCAGUGAAAGGUUUUUUUUGUUUGUUUGUUUGUUUUAAAUGUUAGUAUCAUAGUGUCUGUGCUUAAAACUCAUGUAAAGUUUUUCUUUUAAGAAGAUUCUUGGUCCUGUUAAGAGAUGAAAGUUUGAUAAACAAAUAUAAAUAAGUUAAAUUUGAACUUAUCUAGAGUUAACAAUUUUUAAGUAGUUUUCGAAGCAAUUGACUUUUACUAUGACUCUGUUCGUAUAUUUUAGAGCCAUGUACAUAUAGUUAGGGAGUUUUCAUGGACAUGAUACCAAGGAAGAUGCAGAAAACAAGCUAUUAUUCAUUGUCAAGUGCUGUUAAUGUAGUAUACUAUUUUCUUAUGUAAUUCUUCUAUAUAAAAUUUAAAUUUUAGUAAGACAAGUUUCUAAUAAAGUCUAAUGGUUUUUGUUAUUGGUGUUUUGUUGUUUUCUAGGUUUUCUUUGUGUAGCCCUGGCUGUCCUAUGCAGACCAGGCUGGCCUCGAACUCACUAAGAUCUGCCUGCCUCUGCCUCCUGAGUGGUGUGACUAGAAGCAUACACUCGCACCACUACCACCCAGCAGAUUCUAAUGUUUCUAAUAUUUAGAAAUUUGGCAUAAUAUUCACAAAUGCUCACUUUUGAGUGAUUGUCAUUCUUACAGAUAAUUACUUUUUACUACCAGUAGGCAUUAUUUUUUUUUUCCAAAAUACAUGUGGUUUGUUGUGAAGAGAUUUAAAUUAAGUAGCAUUGCUGUAGGUUUGCAAGAAAAGAAAAGUAGAGUGAACUCAUUCUUUUGGUCUUUGUGAGUUUGCAGAUAGGUUUGGUUGGGCAUGGUUGCUUACUCACACUUGUAACAUCAGCAUUGAGAAGGCUGGGGCAGGAAAGAUUACCCCCUGUAUCCAGCCAUCUUGGCUACAUAGUAAGUUCUAGACUGGUCUGGGCUGCACAGUAAGACUCUGUCUCAACAUAAAACAAAAAGCUCUGAGUCUGAAGGAGGAUAGUUGGUAGAAAAUGAGGACUGGAUACUUUAGAAUGGAAUCCUUUAUGAGACUGAAGUUUGGAAACGGAAAAGAGCUAAUGGUUACUUGAGGAAUCAGGUUUGAAGCAUUUAAAAUGAUGCACAUGUCUAUCUGUGUGACCUGAUAUAAAUAAAUAACAAGAAUUGAACUUUUAAAUGUUAAGGACUAAACUUUUGAGGCCAACAAGAUAGCUCAGCAGGAAAAGACUUGUCACAAACCCUGACAAUCUGGGUUUGAUCGCUGGGCCAAAAAAGUGGAUUUUUGAAAGUUGUCCUUUGACCAGUGGUGUGGCAUGUACACACCUUGCCUCCAGCAA